AAAUACAAGGGCAACCUAGAAAGCAGUAUUUAAGGUUCCAAUAUUUGGAUCAUUAUUCUACUCUUCACAUGCUUGCAUAAGUUGGCAACUUCAGCAUUCACAAGUAUCUGAAUUCCUGAAUACUUAGGCCAAUUCUGAAAUACAAUAAUGGAAGAAGAUGAUGUUUACACAAAAGAUGGAACAGUGGAUUACCUUGGAAAUCCAGCAAACAAAAAGAAAACAGGAACUUGGAGAGCAUGCCCUUUUAUCUUGGGGAAUGAAUGUUGUGAGAGAUUGGCUUACUAUGGUAUGAGCACAAAUUUGGUGCUUUAUUUCAAGGAGAGGCUACAUCAGCAUAGUGCUACUGCUUCCAAAAAUGUGUCUAAUUGGAGUGGAACAUGCUACAUAACACCACUGAUUGGAGCAUUUCUUGCUGAUUCAUAUCUUGGAAGAUAUUGGACCAUUGCAUGUUUCUCAAUAAUCUAUGUUCUUGGAAUGACACUAUUGACAUUAUCUGCAUCAGUUUCUGGUAUAAAGCCAACUUGCCAUGGCCAUGGAGAUGAAAAUUGCCAUGCCACCACUCUAGAAAGUGCAGUGUGCUUUAUAGCUCUUUACCUUAUAGCCCUUGGAACAGGUGGAAUCAAGCCAUGUGUUUCAUCCUAUGGAGCAGACCAGUUUGAUGAUGCUGAUCCGGGGGAGAAGGAACACAAGAGUUCUUUCUUCAACUGGUUCUAUUUCUCAAUCAACAUCGGUGCUCUUAUCGCUUCUUCGCUGUUGGUAUGGAUUCAGGACAAUGUAGGAUGGGGAUGGGGAUUUGGAAUACCAGCAGUGGCCAUGGCUAUUGCAGUGGCAAGUUUCUUUUCAGGUACUCGGCUGUAUCGAAACCAGAAGCCCGGAGGAAGUGCCCUCACUCGGAUUAUUCAGGUCAUAGUAGCAUCCAUGAGGAAGUAUAAUGUUAAAGUGCCUAAUGAUAAGUCUCAGUUGUAUGAAAUUGCAGACACUGAGUCUGUUAUAGAAGGAAGCAGGAAGCUUGAUCACACAGAUGAGUUAAGGUUUUUUGACAAAGCAGCAGUGGUUGGACAGUUAGAUAAUCUGAAGGAAUCAGUGAAUCCAUGGAGACUUUGCACUGUAACUCAAGUUGAAGAGCUGAAAUCCAUUCUGAGAUUGCUUCCAAUAUGGGCAACCGGCAUUGUUUUCGCCACUGUCUACGGCCAAAUGAGCACAUUGUUUGUGUUGCAAGGACAAACCAUGGAUACUCGCGUAGGCAACUCCUCUUUCAAGAUUCCACCAGCAUCCCUUUCCAUAUUUGACACCCUCAGUGUCAUAUUUUGGGUUCCGGUUUAUGACCGGAUCAUUGUGCCGGUCACUAGGAAGUUCACCGGCCACAAGAAUGGCCUAACACAACUCCAGAGGAUGGGAAUAGGCCUCUUCAUAUCCAUAUUUUCCAUGGUGGCCGCCGCGAUUUUGGAAGUCAUUAGGCUGAGAAUGGUAAGGAGGCAUAAUUACUAUAACCUUGAUGAGGUUCCAAUGACAAUAUUCUGGCAGGUACCUCAGUACUUCCUCAUAGGUUGUGCUGAAGUGUUCACAUUCAUUGGCCAGUUGGAGUUCUUCUAUGAACAAGCGCCGGACGCGACGAGGAGCCUGUGUUCUGCUCUGUCACUACUCACUGUUGCCCUUGGACAGUACCUGAGCUCGCUACUCGUAACCAUUGUUACAAGGAUCAGUACUAGGAAUGGCAGCCUUGGAUGGAUACCAGACAACCUCAACUAUGGUCAUGUUGACUAUUUCUUUUGGCUUUUGACAGUUCUAAGUGUCCUGAAUUUGAUAAUAUAUCUGGUGGUAGCACAGUUUUAUACCUAUAAGCGAGCUGUCGGAACUCUCCGGUGAAAAAACCGAUCACAUGUAGGUUUUCGGCUUGGAAACAUCCAAACUAUGGUUCGAGCGAAAGCUUCUUUGCUCGAAUCAUAGUUUUGAAGUAUUAGAAUAAUGUUAUUUGAACAUAACUGUCAUCGUAUUUUGUGUUGACAUAUCAUUCGCCUGUUGGUAAUAAUGGUAUAGUAUGUUUGAAAUACGAAGAUGGUUAUGUUCAAGAAACAUUUCUCAUAAAAGUUAUGUUGCUGAAUCCUAGAUUAUGAAGUUUAUGAAUGAGUGUCAUCCUUUUGUGUUUGUAAUCUUGGUUUUCUAUUUACAAUUUUAGAUAGAGUUAAUGUUACUGAUUAGUAGCAUACAGAAAUCAAUCUCAAUGUGAAAUCUUUGUAAUUCUUCAAAAUACCACAAAGUGUAAAGUUCUCAUUGUAAAA